UGUGUUUUUCGAUUUUACUGGGUUUUUUAUCAUCGAUAUUUGUCAGCUCUUACUGUUUGUUCAGAGUAGACCUGAGCUACUUUGGGACUUUUUCGGUCAAAUCUCCAUGUUAAUGUGUCAGUUAGGCGAACGUUUCAAGAUCAGCUCUCUGGUGAAUAUGGGACGCCACUUUGGAAACUUGGCCAAGGUCAGGCAUGUGAUCACAUACAGUCUGUCCCCCUUUGAACAGAGGGCUUUCCCCAACUAUUUCUCCAAGGGAAUCCCCAAUGUGUGGAGAAGGUUCACAGCGUCUUUCUUCAAAGUUGCACCCCCAAUGACCCUCAUGUACUUGACCUACAGCUGGGGCAACAGCGUCCAUCAGCAGAGUAAGAGGAAGAAUGCUGCUGACUACGAGAACGAAGAAUAAACUGCUGCCAUCUUUCUAAAAUUUGUCCUCUGUUCUUAAUUCCAAUGCUGUAUGUUUAACCAAUAAAGAUGAAAAAUAUUUA